UAAUGAGAACGGAUAUAGAUAUGUAUACAUAAUAACACUGCUUCAGCAAAAAAAAAAGCAAAUAUGUUCGAGAUUUUAUCUUCAACACUCUUUGUAUGGUUAAUUUGACUAAUCCAUAGUACAUCGCCUUUUUAGGGUAAAAUUUCAGUUAUUUUUGCUUAGAUUCCUCAUUUUUUAAGCGUUAUUUUUUAUAUGUGAAAUUGUCAAUUUUGCAAAAUGUUUUUGAAGCAAAUAUGGUGAGUGUGAGUACUGGCAAUACUGCAGGCUAGAUGGAAGUGAACUUCAGAGAUGUAUUUUCCUAAAUUUCAUACCGUACUGUGCAGAAUUUUGGAUUGUCCGAAUUUUUACAAGAUUUGGAUAUGAUACAGGGAAUCCACUAAAGAAAAAUUAGAUGAUAACAAUGCGUUGUGAACAGUUGUGAACGCACCGUAAAAAGUGUUUUCGGUUAAUCAAGCAUUCAUCUGUCCAGCUACCCUGUCAGUGUGUUAUUCAGCUUCGUAAAAUUUUUAAAUUUUAGCCACCAGUAGUUAGAACGUAACACAUGAUGCUACCAAAGACGAAAAUUCGUUUCGAUUGAUGCACAUACCUUCUGUAAUGGUCUUGAAUGCAUUUGAUAAGAUCGCAACGUAAUAUCAAUGUAGUCUGGAAAUGGUGUGUAAAGAGGAGGUUUUAUUAUGGUUCAAGGACUUGGAUAGUUAUACAAGGAUAGAUGUGUUAUACGAAUUACUAAAUAUGUGUUUACCUUUUGAGUUACGGUUCAUUGGGUCGUGUGUUGAAGAGAUUGGAAAGCACACUUAUCAAGAACUUAGGGGUCCUACUAUCACAGCAAAUGACCUGGAGAAACUGAGCAAAGACCCAUUGCUAAGUCAUGGGAUUUUGGAAGAGACUGUGCGACAUCGACUGCUAAUAUACUUAUCAUUACUAUCAUCUAGAAACUAUAGUGUGUCUAACUGGUUAUAUAGAAAACUUUUAAGGACAGACCAUAUUGAGGAAUAUUUAGUGAAAGAAAAAGGAAAAGAUGAUAUGUUACAUAGUGAAUUUUUAUUAUUGUAUACAAUGGCUUUACACCAUCCUGCAUUUACAUUUGAACAGAAACAGUUCUUCAGUAGGGUAUUAUCAAACUUAAUAGAUUUUAAAGAAAACAGAGUUUCAGCAAAACAUAGUUCACUUGGAUAUCCACCUGGAUUUGGAUACCCCACAAAUAAGCAGCAAUGUCAGUGCAGCCAACUGUACCAGCAACCGGUGGCAGGUGGCGCGAUUCCAACCGCCCCAAAGCAUUCGCCGCCCUCAUCGAUGACAUGCUCAACUGCAGCGGGAGGGGAUGCAAUUCCCCAUCCGACGCCCAUAGCCUACCAUCACCAGCAACCACCCGGCUUGCCGCGGCUGCCACCCAUGCCGCCCCAUUUGGACUUUGUUCCGGCUCCGCCGCCCUCGGGCGGGCCCGCUACAGUGUGGUCGGCAAGACCAGGCUUCCCUUAUGGAGCGCCACCUGAGGUGCCCCCGUUUCCAAGCGCGGUCACCGCCUCCGUCAUAACUCCGCUAGUCACCGGUGCCCCGCCCCCGGCAGCCAUCUCUCCGGCCAGCAGCCGUAGUUCCUCCCCUCAUCGGACGUCGUCGGCCAAUCAGCAGCCGUCUCCGGUGUCAUCCUCUGUCAUGGUGCCGCCUCCGACGCCGAUGGGCGUGCCACCGCCGCUGCCUGCGGCACCUCCCACUUUGGAGCAGCUGGAUCAGCUCACGCAGCAGCCGCCCCCGCCGCCUGUGACGCAGUUCGUCGGGGAAGUGGGGCAUAUGGCGACGGUGGAAGAGGUCGAGCAACAGGUCAAGAUGAAUUCUAUGGAAGAGAAGCACUUGCGAGAGAUUCUCUGGCCUCAUCACCUGCACCAUCCUCAUCACCAUCCACCAAUACCUCCUGGAGAUGCCAAACCUAACGGGGUGAGGUUUCCAGCCUACAUUGGAGGUGGAAAGGUGCGCCCGUACCUGGUAGAGCAAAUGCACGCUCUUCACUUGGACGGCGAGAACUCCUCGCUGCACCAAUCGAACUCGUCGGUGGGCAGCUGCAGCAGCCCCGAGGACACUCCGCCCAGCACGCCGAAGAGCGCACAGCCUACGGUGGUGAUGCCGCCUCCACCGCCCCCAGUGGCGAUCAUCGCUACGGGACAACCAACCACAGCCACCACGCCGCACCACGGACCUGGUAGGGGGGAUAAGGCGAGGACGAACGGUCUGCCAUACAGCAGCGGUCCGUCGCAGCAGCAACAACUUCCGCCAGUGCCACCUCAGCAGCAAGCUGUACCUUCAGCACCUUUAGCUGUGCAACAGCCGCCCGCUCAGCAGCCGACGGCGCAACCGCAACAGGUGGUACCACUCCCGGAUACUUCGUCGCCGCCCCCACAGCAAACGGCGACGCCGACCUUCGCCAACAGUUCGGUGCCUUACGCCUUCCAGCAGUUCGCCCAGCUGCCACCAAACAGGUCAAUGUUCCACUACAACCAUCAGCAGCCGACAGCGCAACAGCAGCAGCACCGUCCACCGGCGGCAGCCGCCUUUACCGUCUCCCAAUUCCCCCCCUACCCGGAGAACUUCCCUCCCCCCACCUACACCAUCCCUUACGUGCCCUUAAUGUAUUCCAGCCCGUUCCCAACGCGGCCGCCCGGCUGCUACAACUGCGGCAGCCCGAAUCACCAGGGUGCAGAGUGUGCCGUCCAGCACAUCGACGAGAUCACACAGAAGAAGGCGUAUCAGCUGGAGUACACGGCUCCGCCUCCCACGCAACGCGAACAAGCUACGCCCACCAACACGGGCCAGGAGGCGGAGAAAUGAUAGCGGUAGGCAGAGCGGACGGAGAAUGCACACAUACACACACUCGGUAGGCCAGUCAGAGGGGUAUAUCGGGUUUAGCAGUCAAUAUACAGUUUAUAAGGUGUUCGGUCUGGUAAAUGGUUGCAGUUGCGUAUUAUUUGUUGAAUCAAGAUUCGUGAUGCAUAGAAAAGUCAAGAGAUUUGAUUCCGCCGCAUAAUACAUUUUACAGGGAGCAAUUAUUUUAAAUCUGCAGAAAUAUAAGAAAUUCAUGGGAGAGGAUUAAUUGGUUUUUAAUAGCUUAAUGAAGUUUCAGCAGUUUUUUUAUAAGAUAAUAAAGAAAUAAAUAUGCUCAUUUUCAAGUGACCUUGCAACUCUUUCAGGCACUACAUUUUUCUGUACUAUUUUGCCUAAGAGCUUCUGGGAUCAAGUGCAAAUUAUUAUUGAUUUAUCCAUAGAAAGGGUCAGGGUGCUUCAAAUUCGACCCUUACCAGUGGGAUCUUGGAAACUGUAAGAGAUUCGAAGUCGCUUAAGAGAGGCAAAGUUGCGUAUUUAGGUAAUUAACAAAAUGGCGCUUAAAAAGUCUCGAAAUCCAAAGUACUUAUGGAGAUAGACGGAAAAAACGGAUUUUUUUCAAAAUCGUUUUAAUUUUUCAUGAUUUUAUUUAUAGUCGUAUUUCAAAAUAAAUUGCACAUUAACAUUGUAAUUUUUUUCUCAUCUACAAGAUAGCAUAAUAAGAAUUCUAAUAUGACGUUUCGGCUAUUGUCCUCCACUACAAUAUCCAUAAUAUCCAUAUUACACAGUAUAUCACAAAAUAUGUCUUUAAGACUACAUAUUUUUAUACAAAAUUUCACUACUGUGAAAAUUUCCCUUUGAACAUUUUCAAACUGACACACAUCUCAAUAUCAUUACUACUACUACGCGGGACCUCGGUUGGCCGCGUGGGUCAGAGUGUCGUGCUACUGAUCAGCCGGCCGGCCGGGCCGCGAGUUCGAAUCUCGCCUUCGCCAUGGAUGUUGUGUGUUUGUUUUAGGCAGCAGCGGUGGCCGCAGUAGUAGACUCUUCGGUCUCCUGAUCAGCCGCCGCGCGCUGUGCGGGUUCGAGUCCCGUCCCAGGAGAAAUGUUUCUCUUGGCCAUGGCUGUUGUGAUUGUCCGUAGGUGGUAGAUGGUCUCUGACUGUCGAACGCGGAGGUACCAGCCGGCGGUUCUCGUAGGCGGAGCCAGAAUGUGUGCAUGUUGCAUGCACACGUGUUCCCUCGCCAGAGUCCGUGUGGCGUCCCCCCCUUUCCCAUGUAUCCCCCAUAGCCCCACGGUACCCAAUGGGUGCUUAGGCCUUAGGCCUUCGUGGUAGUUGGAGUAUAAAAAAAAAAAAAACUUAAUUUAUUAAAUUCGUACAAAAUCCCUUUUGAAAUACUGACUUGCUC